CGAAACGGUUAGAUCCAAACACGCCCGUUGGGGUCUAGCUUCCGCGAUCUCAAGAUCCACCAAGAUUAUCUCAGCCGCAACGCGUUUUCGCGACGUUGACAUCUCUGCCUGCAGGUGUUGGACGUCGAAAGGGUGGCCUCUCAGGCUCUGUAAUAUUUUGUGUAUUCGAAUUCGUUCUCUACCUUCAUUUCGUCACUACCAUUGACCUGUACACCAUCUGCACCCGCUUCUGAUCGCCCUUUUCAACUUUCUGAACUUUUUUUCCGCUUAUAGCACGUGCCCUCCUAUUUCUACGUCGCGACCUGCCAAUCGUUGUAGGGAAUCUUCUAUCGCCCUCCUUUUGUGGCGGUACCGCUUCUAUCGACUUCUACUCCUGCAAUUGAUAUGGCGGCGCAAAAUUCAGCCUCGACCGAUCUGGUUGUUACAGCACCUGCCGACGACACGCUUCAAACAUGGCCGGAACCAGUCGAUACGCCUGGUGUUCUUCCGCGCCACCUUCUCAGACAAACAUCUUCUCGCCUUCCUUUUCUUGAGAUUUUACAUCGUUUGCUGUAUCGCCUACGGCCAGACACCCAUAGCGAUUUGGACAAGGUUUUAGCCGUGAUAGCGCUCUAUAGCGCCGCUGUACCUAUAUAUGGAUACCUCAAGGAUUUCGCUGUAUGGGCGUUCACUGUUCAAGUCACGAUAUCGGAACAAGAUCCAACUGCCAAGGACAUACUGGCUUGGAUGAGCUCCAAUGUGAUCCAGAACCGCCGGAGUAGGAGUGCUAUGAUCAUCACAGAGGGACAGCAGGACGAAAUUCGUCGUAUCUUGAUAGGUCCGCAUAGACAAGCCGGAAUUCGUAAGAUACCAGGCGUUGUAGAAAAUGAGGUGAUCUGUUCGCCUCCUAUUGGCUCACGAAUCUUCUGGGUUGGUUUCCGACCGUAUCUCUUCGAUCGUGUCGGAGAAUCGAGAGGUAUAGGGCUCGGAGGGAUUCAAGGAUCUAAUGGUAAUUUUACCGACGCAAACGGUAGGCUUCAGAACGCCCUCACCCUCACCACGCUGGGUUGGAAUUUAGAACCGCUCAGAAACUUUGUGGUCCAAUGUCAGCGAUGGAAGAAGACCAACAUGACCGGUACAACGACCGUGUAUUUUGCAGGAGGAAGCGGUUAUGAGUAUGGUGGCGGCCAGUGGCAGUCGGUCAGCAAACCUGUGCGCAAACUCGACACUAUUGACAUGGAUGAGAGUAUCAAGAUGGAUCUUGUGCAGGAUGCUGAGUAUUAUUACAGCGAGCAGUCAAAACAAUUCUUCGCAGAUUGUGGUAUCCCCUAUCGACGUGGUUAUCUUUUCUACGGUCCACCUGGCACCGGCAAAACCUCCUUCAGCGCAGCUCUUGCAGGCCGUCUGGGAUGCGACAUCUUUCAUGUUAAUCUGGCAUCUGGCGACAUCACUGAUGGCAAAUUACAGAAUCUGUUCUUGGGUCUGCCGCAGAAAUGCGUCGUGGUUAUAGAAGACAUCGACUCCGCCGGCAUUGGACGUGAAGUCACGAUCGAGCAGAAGCAGGAGGCAGCAGAUGUCGAUCUCGCCGCAUCACUCAUGCCAGCACACUUCCGAACCCCCAGGGUACCGGCUAGCGGCAAGGAACGCAGUCUCAUCACUCUCAGUGGUCUGCUCAACGCCAUUGAUGGAAAUGCAUCGCAAGAGGGCCGACUCCUCAUUUUGACGUCAAACAAUCCCGACGCUCUGGAUGCAGCGCUUACACGACCCGGUCGAAUCGACAAGAAGGUUUACUUCGGCAAUAUGAACAAGUCGGCCGGUAAAAGCAUAUUUAUGCGUCUCAUCGGCCGUUCGGCACUCGCCCACGAUGCUGUCUUCUCGAUGGCGUACAUCGAGCAGUGCGCGGCCGAAUUCGCGGAGAAGGUACCCGCGCACACUUUCACACCAGCGCAAGUGCAGAACUUCCUGCAAGGCUGCCGUGGCGAUCCGAUCAAAGCUCUCGCUGACAUCGAUGCCUGGGUUGCAGAGAACCGUCCUACUGUUGCUGGGAUGUCGACAAGCCCCGUCUCGAAUGCUACGAUGGUGGAUGUUGAGGAGGGCGAGCACGAGGCUCUCUAGAGGAGUUUGGCAUGAGCGCAGUUUGGCACGAGCGCAGUCUGUGGGACGAAGGGAAUCUAAUCUGGAUAUAGGACAUGUACACUACAAUGGGUCGGCGUUCUUACAUAUGCACAUAGAGUAUCGGGUACCAGGGAGUUCAAGCAUCCAUAUGUCUCACAACACAUCCUUCACAACCCAAAUUUGAUUUCUCACUCACACAUUCACCCCUUUUCACAUCCACCAUGCACCACAUCGCUCCCCCACAUGCACCACAUCUCUCCCCACCCGACGCUCACCCGACGCCGAACCCUAAACGCGCCGACUCGGCCUGACGCGCGAAGCUUGUCGGCACAAUCGGCCGAAGCGGGCAAAACAAGCGCUCCUAGUCGGCCGAUUUCCCGGCCGCGAUCAACACCUUUCACUUUCCUGCCAGAAGGGGCAUGUAUGCAGUGUGCCGCAGCAGGAUAAUCGGCGCUCG